AGAAUCCAGCGGUGCAGUAAUAACAGAGUGUGCUGUUAUUAUUGCUGAAAGUGACAACAAGUCCAAACGCAGCCAUGGCAGACAAAGAGGAAUGGGCAAAGCCUGUGGAGAGGAAAGGGAGAUUAACUGCAGUCCUGGCGCUGGCAACGCUCAUAUCAGCAUUUGGUUCUUCCUUCCAGUAUGGAUAUAAUGUGGCUGUAGUCAACUCUCCGUCACCGUUCAUGCAGCAUUUCUACAACACCACCUACCUAGAGCGUUACGGCACGCCGAUGGACGACAACCUCUUGACUCUGCUCUGGUCACUUUCUGUGUCCAUGUACCCACUCGGAGGCUUCUUUGGCUCUCUGAUGGUGGCUCCUCUGGUCAACAAACUAGGGAGAAAGGGCACCCUCCUCUUCAACAACAUCUUCUCCAUCGCCCCUGCUGUGAUGAUGGGAGUCAGUGAGAUUGCCAAGUCUUAUGAGAUCAUCAUUGUGUCUAGAUUUAUAGUGGGCAUCUGUGCAGGUCUCUCAUCCAAUGUGGUGCCCAUGUACUUGGGUGAAAUCUCUCCCAAAAACCUGAGGGGAGCCCUUGGCAUUGUACCACAACUCUUCAUUACAGUUGGCAUCCUCAGUGCUCAAGUUCUAGGCAUCAGACACAUUCUGGGCAACAGCACAGGCUGGACUCUCAUGCUGGGUUUGACUGGUAUUCCUGCCCUGAUAGAGCUCCUGCUGCUGCCCUUCUUCCCAGAGAGCCCCAGAUACAUGCUUAUUCAGAGGGGAGAUGAGAAGAGAGCAAAGAAAGCGCUACAGCGUCUACGUGGCUGGGAUGACGUGGAUGCAGAGAUGUCAGAGAUGCACCUGGAGAAUCAGUCAGAGAGGGCUGAGGGCCACCUGUCUGUGCUCACCCUGCUGUCCCAGCGUUCUCUUCGCUGGCAACUGGUCUCCAUCAUCAUCAUGAAUAUGGGCCAGCAGUUGUCAGGGGUCAAUGCGAUCUACUACUAUGCAGAUAGUAUAUAUGCCACUGCAGGAGUAGAGCAGAAUCAAAUCCAGUAUGUCACUGUGGGAACAGGAGCGGUGAAUGUCUUCAUGACCAUAGCUGCUGUGUUCAUCGUGGAGGCCUUGGGACGACGGCUGCUCCUCCUCUGUGGCUUUGGGAUCUGCUGUGGAGCCUGUGUGCUGCUCACUGUCGCUCUCAGCUUCCAGGAGAGUGUGACAUGGAUGCCUUAUGUCAGUGUUGCCUGUGUCAUCAUCUACGUCAUAGGACAUGCAAUAGGACCCAGUCCCAUUCCUUAUGUGGUGACCACAGAGAUGUUCAGGCAGUCGGCCAGGCCUGCUGCCUUCAUGGUCGCCGGAUCCAUCCACUGGCUGUCUAACUUCACUGUUGGCCUCAUCUUCCCAUUUCUAGAGAGAGGCCUGGGCUCCUACAGCUUUAUCAUUUUUUCCUUCAUCUGUCUUGUUACGCUGGUCUACAUCUGGCUGGUGGUCCCAGAGACCAAGAACAAGACGUUCCUGGAGAUCUGCCAGAUGUUCGCCAAGAGGAACAAAGUAGAGAUCAAACUGGGUGAUGGGGAUCUGCCACUAAAAGAGCCCAAAGAAAGCCUGGAGAAUGCAGAGAAGGUCACAGCCUUCUGAAAAAAAGUGAGAGCACUGAGGAAGUUUCUAUUCUGGGGGCACUGUAAUGGACUGGAUAUGAUUGAAUGAAGCUUUAUUUGAAAAAGAAACUCUUUGCACAAUAUCUUCUGUUUUUCAUUUCAAUGGAGGCUAAAAACACUGUGAUUUAUUGCUUGCAUUAGCUGUA